AUGAAAUAUUUUUCUAGGCUUAUUUACUUCUUUAUUUCAAUAGGGUCUAACACUGAGAGGAGAAAAUCAUAAGUGGAUUAUGGUAAUUUGGGAGUGAUUGUCUUCUAUUUUAUUUAAUUGCUUGGUUACCUUUUUAGUUAAUUCGAAAGCAAAUCCAUUGUAUAUUAUGAAAAUGAUUAUUUGGCGCAAAUCGGAUAGUAUUCCUCAAUCCCUUUUAUGAUGAUAGUCAUUCAUUACGACCCGUUUACAAAAAUUAUGUAUUAUUGUAUUUUUGGGACUAUGUGUUCCAUUUAUGCAAUAAUACUUUUCUAAAUCACAUUCAAACCACUCUCUACCCACAGUUUUGUUAAUAGAUUUAUACGGUUUUAUUUUAAGAACUUUUAAUGGUACUUCCUGACACCUUUUCAUGAAUGCAUGAUUGGAAUAUUAACUUGUGGUCGUUUGGCAUAUUUGGCCCAACAUGGAAAUCUAGAUCCCCCACAAUGCUUCUCCUUGAUCUCACCUCACUUUUUAAUAAUAAGCAUUAUAGGCUAAGUACUAGUAAUCCUCUCAGGUUUUUUAUCCUUAUACUGUUUUAGAAAUUAUGAAUUUGUCUAAGGAGACGUGAUGAGAAAAUUUAGCUAUUUUAAUUUGCUAACCAUCCUAUUACAUAUGGCCUUAUAGAUGUCAUCUUUCUGGAAGGACAUGUACAGUAAUUACAAUUAUCUCAUCCAUUCAAUCUUCAAUCUCAUCAUAAUCGUGAUAGCCCUAGAUACUUAUUUGAACAUUCCUUUUGGUUUUUCACACGAAACAGUGUUCCUCAGCAAAUGUUUGUGGUGCUCAUGGUUUUUCGAAAUUUUGGUUGCAGUGUGGAUACUAUCGGAUUUGAGUGAUGCUCACAUCUUCUUAACCUUCUGCAUCUGUGUCCCUUUGAUAUUUGGAAUAAAUUAAGCCCUUUAUGACAUUUACAUAGACAAGGAAUGCUAAUCAUUUCUAAAAUCCAAAUCGAAGAAAAAAAGCGAGCAUCCAUUAGAAUAUAUUUGCCAAUUGUGCCAUUUGGAGAGUAUAAAUCAAAGAGAUUACUUCGAACUGUUAAAAUACUUGGGAAUUCAUUGUUAGCAUUGCAAUGAUGUAUGCUGUCCUUGCAAGUAAAAGAUAAGUAAAUUUAUUUCUGGCUAAAACCAACUUAAUACACAACACAUUUAUAUUUGGGUACAAUAUUAAUUUUAAAAAAUGAUAAAGUCAAUUAUACAAAAUUAAAAUUAAUUUCAAUACUUUGAACAACUUACUAUUAAAUUUGUAACCUUCCUCUAAAGAUACAGAGAAAAUUCUGUGUUAUCAUAUAAGACUAUCUAAGAUGUAGUCUUUGCAUUCUAAAAAGUAAAACCAGGCAACAUGCCUACAUUCUUUAUUAAUUUAAUCAAUUAAAUAUAACAUUUAAAUAAACUUGAAAUUGAAAAUACUAAUAGGGUAGGCAUCAAAAUAGGAUCCUUGGAGUUUCGCACUUUAUAAGACUUCAAUUUAUUUUAUAAUUUUGAGGAGUAAAUUGUCAAACUCAUAGUGGAUUUGCUCAUUUAUAUGAAAUCGAUGUGGCAGUAAAAAAUGAAUCAAUUAAUAUCCUACGAGAGAAUGAUUCAAUUUUCUACAGAAAUAAAAGGAAAAACUGAUAUGUUGAAAAACGAGUUUAUGAAAUUUCAAAGUUAGAGAGAAAUUCCUGCCUUAGACUCUAUUUUAAUCCUAAGAAUAAAACUAGUAAUUUCAUUGGUUUGUAUGGAAGAUAUCAAUAGUUGUUUGAGGAUAGCUUAAUAAAUAGAGUGUCAGGUGAAGGAACAAACCAACUCUAAAAGUUAAUAAUUCAAUAAUUUACAAUUCUUAAAUGGGUAAGCUUUAUCAGUAAUAUCCACUGUGCAAUCCUAAACCCUUGGAUAUAUAACGUAAAAUAUAAAUGAUCAAUUUUGUGAGUUUUUUGGAUAUUAAAAUUUAACUAUACCAUUAACUAAAAUAGAGUAAUUGUUGCCUAUUAAACUUGGUUAAAUACACAAUGGUUUGAUUGAAUCCUAUUUAGCAUAAGGUAAGACAAAUCGAUUGUAUGCAAAUUCAGAAUAAUUUAUUUUGAACUCAGAAAAUUUGAUUGAAAAAGUUAAUAUAUGUUUGACUGCCUUAUUCCCUUGUUCAAACGAUCAAUAUCAAUUUUGGAUUAUAGGACAUUUAUUGAAAAUGGUGAAGUACGAGAAAAGAGAAGUAGAUUAGAAUAAGAGAGGGUAUAUUUUGGUUGAUUCUAAUUUUCUAAUUUUUGGAAUAACCAGAAAUAUCUACGAGAGAAUCAAUUACAAAUAUUAUUAUAAAAAUAAUAAAAAUGAAGAUUUAACCUUACCUUGUGAAAUAUAUGAAUAAGUGGCCAUCUAAGAAAUAAUUCCAUCUUUAUCUUAAAUCUUAGAAGAGUAUUAUAGAAUGUUAACUAUUAAAGACAAAAAAAGGAUUUUAAAAUAGGAUAUUAUUUGUUAACGAGAAAUCGGAGUGUUAUAGGUUCAAAAUAAAAGCAGAACUCAAUUUAAAACUUCUUAAUCAAUAUCAACCAAGAAAUUUACAAACAAAUAAAUGAUAAGUACUUUGAAAGAUAUUAGUACUAGUUUAUCAAGUUUGAAACCUCAAUAUUCCAAAUUAUAUCCAAUUGAAUUCAGUGUAGUGUAAAAAUUAUUGACGUAUGUAGAAAAAGACUCAAACUGUGAAUUUCUAUAUUUUGUAAUCGAAAUUGACUUUCUUGAUGAUCCAAAAAUAAAUUAAUCUCCUUCUUAAUAGAUUGCCAAAUCUCCUGCUCUCUCAGAUAUUUUAAGAAGAUAAUAAGCAGUUUUAGAAUAGGUUAGACCUAAUUAAACUAAUAUUAUUCUCUCAUGUGAUGGAGAGGAAGCUAAUGAAUAAGUAGAACUAGUAGCUGAAUUGACAAAUACAGCUACUAAACAUAGUUCAAAUGAAAUCGAAGAACAAUUGGAGAAGAUUACUGUUUAUAUAAAUGACACUGUCAUACCCAAAACCAUUAAAGAUUUAAUUGCUCAUUUUGUCAUUUAAAUCAUUGUAAUAACAUUUAUUGUCAUUUUGAUAUCUUGUCUUUUUAAACACAAGAAGGAUCUUUAAACAGAUUGCAUCCAAUAAAUUACAGAUGAUCUAAACUUUUUAGAUGCCUAUAGUUAAACUAUGUCUGGAUCCAGACAUGUAAUUUAUUAUAGAGACUUUUAUUCUAUAUAAAAUGAUACGAUAAUUCCAUUUAAUAAUGAAUCCAUAAAUAUUAGUAGAUAUGAUAAAAUAUAUAUGGCUUGGCAACAUAUAGCAAAGGGAAGUGUUAGACUUAAUAACAUGUAUUAGAAUUAUUCAAAACUAGCUAUGAAAAGCGAUAUCAAGAAUAUUACUCUUUACUUUAUCAACUUUGAUUUGAAGAGUAUGAUAGCUUAAAACGUUUAGGACUAUUCAACUUAUUAUCAAAUUAUGCAUUAAACGUUUUUUAUGUCAUACAAAUCAUUUGCAUCAACGCCACAAACAUAUCUAUCCGGUAGAAAUGAUACAUAUAUGACCUAAAUAGCAAGGUCAUAAGUUUAUUAUAACUUUUUUGAUGUAAGUGAGAGUGCUAAUACUACUCUUUGGGAUUGCCAUACAUAUCACUCUGAAAUGAAUGAUUAUUUUGAUUAGAUAGUCACUUACUAUUUUAUUGGGUUGUAUUUAACAAUCCUACUGUAAUUGACAGCCUUGAUUAUCAAUUACCUUAAAGUUGUUCACACAAUCAAACAAUAUUUGAAAUUAUUUAAGAUGUGCGAUAAGGAAGACUGCAUCUAAAUCAUACACUAAUUUGAUUAAUUGAUUAGUAUGGUAUCAUAUAAUAGAAUAUUCUUAAAACAAAAAGAUUUUAAAAUGAUCAUAACACUACCUUAAUUCAUUUUAGAUGAUGUGAGGAAAUGUUCAAAUAGAGCAACAGUAGUCUUUGUUAAAAAAAAAAGAAUGAUUAAGAAAAAUGUCUAAGAAAAUUCUAACUAUUAAAGCCAUUGUUCAAUCUUGAUUAUUGUAUUAGUCUCAAUAAUAAUACUUGCGUAUACAUUUGCUUUUCAUUUGUAUUUUCUUCAUAUUAAGAAUUCUAUAGGGCCUAUAAGUAAUAGGGCAAUUUUAGCUUAAGAAAAUAGGUUGAAUUUCAUUGUCGCAUUAAAUAGAUUUGAUUUAUUCUUAAUAAAGUAAUACUUUGAAACUUAUGCAAUUAUUAACAGGACUGAUGCAGGCCAUAAAUUUAUGAGUAGAAACAUCUAAACUGACACUUUAAUCUUAAAUCUCUUGUCUAUGGAUGAAGCGUUAAUUUAUAAAGAUAUCUCAAGAUUAAAAUAAAUAGAUUUUGCUAAUUUGAUUCUCAAUUAUGGAGAUUCGAAUUCAGGACUUAGUGAUGAACAAUAAAAUCAACUUUUAGGAUAAGAUGUUUGUAUUUUAACUGGUUGUGAUAUGCUAUCCCUAUUGUUGUAUGAUAGGCUUUAUCUAAAAGAAUUAGUACCACUGUUUUAAACAGGUGUGCUGAAUCUACAAUAAAAAGUAUUAUCCUUUGUAGAGGGAGCCUCUUAAUUAAUUUUUAAAAAUCAAUCUCCUCUAGAAAAAGCUCAAACUUUGGAGAAAAUACUUGAUGAUAGCGAAUAUCUCAUUUAUAUGCUGUGGGGAAUCGAUGUUAUCUAAUUUUAAAUCAGCUAAUUUAGUCAACACUUUUUAGAUAUCUCUUCUUAAACUAUAGAUACUUUAACAAAAGACAAUUAAACCUUAAUUAUCUUUAUUGGAAUCUUAAUUUUUAUCAUUAUUUUGGUGUUUCAAAUAGUUUUUGGAUAUUACUAAUUUAAACGAUAUAUACUUUCCAAGGCAAUUAUUAAAUCUAUACCACUCCCUAUCUUAUUUUCAAGAAAUAUUCCAAAACAUUUAGAAAGUUUUCGAAGAAAAUAUGAAAAAUGA